AAAAAGCUGCAGAAAAACUUUUAGAGGUUAGAGUGCACUGCACUGAUAAUGUGAAUUCAUGAAUUGUGAUUCGUGAUUGUCAAAAUAACCGAUCUCUGGUCAAUAGCACUGAUCUUGUUCGAUGUUUGUUCUCAUUUUUUCAUCUGCUUGUAUUCAAAGGCUUUUGAGUCGUGAGAUUUUACUGUACUAACUCAGAGGCUGUUGCACAAGAAAUCAAAAUGUCUGAAUUUCUCAGGAAAAUAUGGCUUCCUCUCGUAAUGUUUAUCAUAACGUUUCUCUACUGGCAUUAUACAAAAACGUUCAAUUACUGGAAGAAAAAGGGUGUCUUCUACUUCGAGCCUAUCAUCUUUUUUGGAAACAUCAAAGAUCGAAUUUUGUUCCGUAAGGCCUUUCAUCAGUUUUGGCUUGAUACUUACAAAAGCAUGAAAGGUCACAAAUUUGCAGGGUUCUAUGAAGGCAGACGGGCAACUUUAGUCGUCCUUGACCCAGAUAUUAUCAAAUCUGUGCUCAUUCGAGAUUUCAGCCAUUUCAUGGACCGUCCAACUUUACAGCUCAGGUACCCGUUGAUACAGAGGCAACUGCUGAAUCUCAAAGGCCAAGAGUGGAAAAAAGUAAGGUCGAUGCUGACACCCGCUUUCACGUCUGGAAAACUCAAAGCAAUGGAAGUGUUACUUCAGCAGUGUGGCAAACAGGUUAAGCAGUAUCUUAACAAAGUCACAGAUGGAAAUGAUGGAGCUACUCUUGAAAUGAAAGAGUUUUAUGGGCAUUUCACCAUGGAUGUUAUUGCAACAGCAGCUUUUGGAGUGCAAACGGACUCACUUCAAAAUCCUGACUCGGAAUUUGUGAAAUUUGCGUCUCGAUUCAAUGAUUUUUCACGUUUUGAGAGAUUUAUGAUCUUCUUUGUGCUCAUAUUCAUCCCACAGUUUGCCAAGUAUCUUCCAAUAACUUUCUUCAAUAUGGAAGUUAUGAACUUUCUAGCAAGCGUUGUUAGAGAUACUAUUCAACACAGAGAAAUUAGGAAUGAAAAGCGCAAUGAUUUCCUGCAGUUGAUGUUGGAUGUAAAUGAAGAAUCAAAAGCCAAAGAAAAGAUUGGUGAAGGUGAUGGUAAUUCUCAUUCCGUCAUGGAUGAAACGACAAUCAUAGCGCAGUCAGUACUGUUCUUGGUUGCAGGUUUUGAGACCUCUAGUACCCUCCUGACGUUUGCUUCUUACGAAUUAGCAUUGAACAAGGAAAUCCAGGAAAGACUUCGGGAAGAAAUUCGGCUAACCUUGGAAAAACACGGAGAGACCAAUAUGUAUGAGGCGAUACAAGACAUGCCAUAUCUAGACAUGGUUUUAAAUGAAGCUCUCCGCAAGCACCCUCCUCUUGCAAGGAUUGACCGUUCUUGCACUGAUGACUAUACAAUUCCUGGAACGUCUAUAACGAUUGAAAAAGGAAUAAAUGUAACAAUUCCUGUGCUUGGCAUUCAUUACGACCCUGAAUAUUACCCAGAGCCAGACAAAUUUAUCCCUGAAAGGUUCUCCCCUGAUGAAAAGAGUAAACGUUCACCAUAUCUGUUUUUGCCAUUUGGUGCUGGACCUAGAAACUGUAUUGGUCUAAGGUUUGCAAUGCUAAGCACAAAGAUAGCAAUGAUUUACCUCCUCAAGGACUUUGAAAUCAACACAUGUGAAAAAACCCAAAUUCCUUACAAUUAUAGUAAAUUUUCCAUGCUCUUGAAAGCUGAAAAAGGGAUCUGGCUGAAGAUCAAACCUCUGUGAAAAAAGAGUCGUCUUCUAUUCUGGCUACAAAGCAUAUUCUGAAGUACACACCUGUUUAGGAUAAAUCGCAUGUUCUUUCAUGGUGAGUCCAUGUUGCCUUAAGCUACUUUCUUAUCGCUUAUUCAAAGCGUUGGCUGAGGGUUGACUUUAAAGAUGAAGAGUCUUCUUAUCGUACAAUGGUCUGAACUCAAGAACACAGUUUACGCCUCUAUUGAGUUGGCCAGGUAUGGAGAUUGGAACGGUAGGAUCUUGGGAAUACCGGUCGAUUGCUCCACACUGUUCGCGAUCUCGUUCCACUCAGAAAAUUGCUCAAGAGACAACAUCUUGCCUAUUUUUAUACUUAUGCCCGGAUGCAUACCUAGCCCAUUAGUUAGUUUGAAUACACAAAAUUGCACACGCAAAGGAUCUUACAGCAAAAACUCCUGGUAAGAAUUUAGGACUUUUGUCAAAUAUAGAUACAAUCACUUCAACACUCAAUUGGCCACCGCGUCUGGGAGGUGUAAAAAGUGAUAACUCUGGAUUUUUAGCUUUUUCCAGUCGCUGGAGGCAAUGUGUCCCACCAAGAUAUACUCAAAAUUGUCACAAGCAAUUCCCCCCAUUUUCAAGAAAGAUGAGUAUUUUAUUAUCCUAUUAUUUGUAGAGUUAGAGGCUCAAUAAUUGCUUCAAUAUAACAGUAAUUAUACAAAAGAAUGUCAUCCUUAUCAGGUUAUUAACACCCAUUACCUUAACUGUGGCACCAUCGUUUUCUUUGCUGAUUACCAAACCGGGGACGAGCUUGCCCUCAUAAUUUACUAUUACAUAAGAAUUGACUUGGAUCAGAUCCCUGUCGACCCCGUCAUUUCGUUUCGGGCUGGGCGAAGAUGGGGUGUUGACAGCAUCAGAGCAUCGUAGCAGUAUCACAGGUAUUUGAAGGGUCUUCGCAUUGGGGGAAAGGUUUCACACCAGGUAUAUUUAGUAGGGAUUCUUGGGAAUUCUCGACCAAUGGAAUGUCCAAAAAAUCUAAAGCUGCCACGUCGAACAAUCGCCUCACACAUUUCACAGGACGGUUCUGUUUUGUGGAUGUAAAUGAUGGUGUCGCCAUAGUUCUCAUGUUUUUGCUGGCUGCUUAACAAGACAAAAGAAAAAGAAAAACCAUUGGUAGAAAAGGAAACUUUAUAG